AUGUACCAACAAAUUCACCGCCUCGCUAUCCGUUCCCUCGCCGACCUUUUUCAAGCCCACAAACUUGCAAACCAGCUGCUACAGCCAUCUCCAGCCAAAACUAAAACCAACACCCAAACACCAGCAGCAGCCAGUCCUCAGACCAUCAUCCUGCAUCCAGCCAUCCCCCCGGCUCAGACUGACAGCCGGGAUCCAGCCCUCACCCUGAAUCCGAUACCCCAUCAACCUGCUCCCGCUUGCUAUCCCGCCCCCCACUACCACACCCACACCCCUCAAACGCCCAUCCAGGAUGUCGAGAUCAGUAAUGCCUUGCUCCUCGCGAUGAACGGCGCCCUGGAACGGACGAAUUUCAAGAAACAUAGUAAGAUCCGGACGCUGAAAGCCUGGCUACCCGCUGGUCCCCUCUGUCUUGCUCAGGACCCGCUCUUUGCCCACCUCAUCCACGCCCUUGUCCACAACGCCUCAAACACACUCGACCCCCUCACCCCUCGGCUCCACCCGCCUGCUUCAUCCACCAAAACCCAGCCCGCGCAAGCCACGCAUAAAACCCCUCCACCCGCUUGCACCAAGUUCCUCAACCCGCUCGAGAUUGAAUAG